AUGAAUGACAUUAUUAUCUAUCGUCGACAACGAUCAUUUAUUAUUCUAUUAAUGACAAUACCAACAUUCGUUUUAAAUGACAACUCACCAAAUCAUCAAAUAGAAACACUUUAUAAACAUGAAUAUGGUGAAGUAAGAUUUUUAUGUGAUUUAAUUGAUUCGGCUUGGUGGAAACGACCGAUAUUAGUGGCUACACGUAAUGGUGAUAUAUUAUCGGACUUUAAGAAACGAAUGUUAUUAGAAAAACGAGAUGGUUCAACUGUCCUUAUAAUUCAACGAUUACAGUCAGAUGAUACGGGGAUAUAUGAAUGUGAAACAAUGGGAGCAAUAAGACAAUAUAAUUUAACUGUUGCAGUUCGAAUGAAAACAAUUGAAAUUAAUGCCAAACUUUUGUCACCAUUUGAUUCAUUGAAUAGUAAUCACAACACAUCGGAAAAAAUUAGCCAUAUAAACGACGUUGAUCAUCAACAACAUUAUCAUCCACUAUUUCAUUAUGAUUCAAUAUCAAAAAAGUUAAGAAUACGAGAAAAACAAACAUUACGUAUUCUAUGUUUUAUUCAACGUUCAUUACCCACAUCUGCAUUAGACAUUUAUUUACCAAUCGAAACAAAAUCAGAUCAUCGAGUUGAACGUAAUACAACAUUAAUAAAUCAAGAUAAAACAUAUCGAACACUUUUAACAACAACAUUUGUCGUUACUAAACAAUACCAUCAACAACGAAUUUAUUGUGAAGGAAAUCAAAAAAUACAUGACAAUAACUACAAAUUGUUAUCAGAUGGUUUGGAAAUGGAUGUUUCGUUUGCUCCAACCUGCCAUUCAACAUUUGUAGCCUAUUUUUAUACAGGAAAAAAUCGUCCAGUUAAUUUAACAUGUCAAAUGAAUGAUGCCAAUCCUCAGCGAUUAAAUUUUACUUGGAUAUUACCAUCCGGUCAAAUUCGAGUUGGAAAUUUAAUUAAUACUACAACAAGUUAUAUAACUAUUCUACCAUCAUUACAAGAUUUUGGCACAAUACGUUGUAGAGCACAAAACGAAUUUGGUGGUAUCGGCGAAUGUGACGUCAAUAUGGUACUUGGAGCGACACCCGAUCCAAUUGAAUCUUGCCGUUAUACGUAUAUCAACGCGACAUUAACCGUAAAUUGUGCAGCAGGAUUUCAUCAAGGUGAUGAAGACUUUUUUUGUUAUAUGUAUAAAAAACAAGGAAAUGGUUCCUAUUCUGAACAUGCGAGAUUAAAAGGAAACUGUGCCUUUAUAUUACCCGAUCAGAAACCUGAACUUCAUCAUGAUUUUCGUGUAUUUACCAAAAAUAAAUAUGGUGAUAAUUAUGAAAAAAGUUUUUCAAUAACAGUUGGAAAACCAAAAGUACAUAUUAAAGAAAAUGGUAAUAUAUAUCCUGUACGUCCUUAUCGUUCAAAAGAUUUAAUGACCUCGAACGGUGGUCCGACACUUCGUUUCGCUCAACCUCGCAGUAUCUACAAUGAAAAUGAAUCUACUUCAACGCGGCAUAGUACAUUGAAGGAGACCGAUCUUGAUGAACUACUUGGCUCUGCUGUCCUAACUACACCCACUGUUAAGUCACUGACGAUGCGUAGUAAUGGACGAAUACCAGUUUCCCCUUUACCUCCACCAUUAUUUGCUGCUUUUCAGCAGCAACCAUCACCAUUUAUACUCGAUGAAUAUCAUCAACAACAUCUACUACCUAUAGCAAGUCAACGUCGAUCAAGUUUUCAAGCAGCCACAAAACAAAAUGGUAUCGAUCUUCUACAUGAGUCAUUUUACUUAAGUGAUAUUAAACUUAAACAUCAUGAUCAAUAUGAUAAUACGGAACGUGAUUUGAGAGAAAGAGAACACUAUAGAGAAACAAGACGACGAGAGUAUUCAUCGUAUAGAGACGAUAUGGCUGAUACAUCGAGACAAAACGAUGAUGUGUUUAAUCCACGUCAUAGUUUAGUAGUAGAAAAUCAAAUGUUAACCGAUGGUAAUGAACGAUAUAAUGUGAUUGAAAAUCCCACGGAUGAUCGUAAUGAUACCGAAUUUAACAGGUGGAACGAGAUGAAGGAGAGUGAAGAAAUUGAUUAUGGUCUUAAUAGUUAUAUUGAUUCUAACUAUACAGACAAAGAUCAUAUUCUUAUGGACGAUUAUAAUGAUAGAAAUACGGGAGGAGCUGAUCUAGAUAUGGAUCGUUUAACAAACUAUACUGAUGAUAGAAACGAUAGUUUUCGAAAUUUUGAUCGAAAUGAUGAGCAAACAGAUUGGAAUGAUAUGAGAGGAGAAGAAGACAGAUAUAGAGAAAAUGGAAUUUUUGUCUAA